ACGGUCAAAAGCAGACAAACUUGAUUCUUAGCAGGCGCCCCAUACUUUUUAUCUGUUCUGUAUAUAAUAGUAAUAAUAUGAAGGCCAGCUCUGUUCGUUACAGCAUAUGAGACUUGCUAUCAACUCCUUCUCCAAUCAACAAAAUCGGCUUUUGAAAACAUCUCGUACGUGUAAAAUUCGUAAAAUCAUUCACUCGGGUUCCUCAGAAUUCUCGAUUUUGCUAUGGCAAUAUCUCCUCAAAGUUUCCCGCCAAGGAAACGACGGCCUCCAGUGAGUUCCUUCGUGACUCCUAAGCUAUCGGGCAGGAAUCUUCUCCAAUCAGUCCUUGAAUUAUCUCGAGAGGUUUCAUCAUUCAUGCCUCUUCAAUUCCUCCAGAAACGCAAUUCUUUGUCAAUUAUACGCAAAUCGAAGCUAAUCGCGAUCUUAUUCGAGGAGUUAAUUGGCAGUCCACGAUUUAGUUUUUAUUCACCGUCGAUUCUUCUCUGUUUCGAAGAAAUGUACAUUGUUUUACAGAGAAUCAAGGCUCUAAUUGAGGAUUGCUUUAACGGAUGCAAGAUGUGGUUGUUGAUGCAAAACGAGUCGGUGGCCGCAAGUUUUCAUGAGUUGACGGUGGAAUUGUCGACACCGUUGGAUGUAUUUCCCAUUAAAGAGUUUGAUUUAAACGAAGAUGUCAAAGAGCUUCUUAUUCUGAUCAGAAAACAGAGUUCGCAGACGAAAGUGUACAUAGAUCCACGAGAAGAUAGUCUCAAGCAAGAGGUAUUAGCCAUGCUUGAUCGGAUUAAAAGAGAGAUCGUACCUGAACAUUCAAAACUAGCUGAAAUUUUUGGCAGGUUAGGUUUGCGCGAUUCGUUGAGUUGCAGAGAAGAAAUUGAGGGUUUAGAAGAUGAGGUCCGCAACCUAGUCGACGAUAAAUCCAAGUCGGAGGUGGUGGCUCUGAUCGGACUCGUUCGCUAUGGAAAAUGCGUCCUCUUUGGAACAUCAACGACGUCGACCUCCAAUUUCCGGAGGCGAAAGUCGAUAUCUGAGAUGACUGUGCCGUCGGAUUUCCGAUGCCCGAUAAGCCUCGAGCUUAUGCGGGACCCAGUGGUCGUGAUGACAGGUCAGACGUACGAUCGCGAGUCUAUCAACUUGUGGAUUGAAUCAGGACAUAACACGUGUCCCAAGACAGGUCAGACCCUGGCCCAUAACAACUUGAUACCUAACCUUGCUUUGAAGAAUCUAAUAGCCAUGUGGUGCCGCCAGCACCGGAUACCUUUCGAAACCGCGGACGGCAACCAAAAGUUAAACGGCGUUAAAACAAACAAGGCUGCGUUGGAGGCUACUAAGAUGACGGCGUCAUUUCUGCUCAACAAACUCUCCGUCUCACAGUCAAUGGAAGAAUGUAACGGCGUCGUUUACGAGCUUCGGAUUCUAGCGAAAGCAAACUCGGUUAACCGAGCCUGCAUCGCGGAAGCUGGAGCUAUUCCUUUGCUUGUAAGGUAUUUAGGCUCGGAUGUUGCUUCAAAGCUCCCCAAUCUACAAGUCAACGCCGUCACAACAAUUCUCAACCUUUCCAUUCUGGAAGCAAAUAAAACCAGGAUCGUAGAGACUGACGGAGCAUUAAACGGAGUCAUCGAGGUCCUAUUAUCGGGCGCCACGUGGGAAGCAAAGGGUAAUGCGGCAGCUACGAUAUUCAGUUUAUCCGUUGUGCACUCAUACCGGGGGAAACUAGGGAGAAAGACAAGUGUCAUAAAAGGUCUGACAGAUUUAGCUAGAGAUGGACCCACGGGUUCGAGAAGGGAUGCCAUGGUGGCAAUAUUGAAUUUGGCGGGAGACAGAGAAACAGUUGGGAAGUUAGUUGAAGGAGGAGUGGUGGAGAUGGCAAUUGAUGUGAUGAGCGCGUUACCGGAGGAGGCGGUGACGAUUCUAGAAGCGUUGGUUAGAAGAGGUGGUUUAGUAGCCAUCGCCCCAGCCCAUAGUGCAAUCAGGAAAUUGGGUUUAUUACUAAGAGAGGGAACAGACAUCUCCAGAGAAAGCGCCGCCGCAACUCUUGUUACAAUUUGUCGAAAGGGAGGUUCGGAUAUGGUAGGAGAGCUCGCAGCGAUACGUGGAAUUGAGAGAGUGAUUUGGGAAUUGAUGGGUGCAGGGACAGUGAGGGCAAGAAGGAAGGCAGGGACAUUGUUAAGGAUACUAAGGAGAUGGGCUGCCGGACUGGAUGGUCAGUUAAUGGAGGGAUAUAGGGGUACAACUGUGACUCCCUCAAGAACAACGUUGACAACCUAAAAUUUGUCGUCUCUCAUUUAAUUUUUUUAUUUUUAUUUUCAAUUUCCAUUAUUCCGUCUCAUUUCAAUUGUAAAAUGUAAAGAAUGUAAUUUGUUUAACGAGGUAUGUUUUUUUC